AUGGAUAGCCCAAACCCAUUUCUGGAUGACGUUGACGACAAUUUCAGCGAUUCGCUCGAAACAGGCGAUUACGGCGCGGCUUUCCAGCGUCCAAAUUCGCCACCGCCAGUGCUUCCUGCAGAUGCUAACAAUGUGAAAACGAAUUCGAGUUCUUCGGGGCAAUACGCUGCGCUAUACCAAAUAGACACAGAUACUUUCAGAUCGAGACUAUUAACCGCGUUGAAAGCCCGCAAAAUCCAAACGGACGGCGGCCGUUUUGAGCCCGAUCUUUAUUCGCCCGUGUGGGUAACAAUGACAGCAGCAGCAGCGCAUUUUUAUGUUCGGAGUCUAUUCAACUUUUUGGUGAGCUUUGUUGUGGGCCGCUCCACUAAGGCUACGUCUGCUGGCCGCCUCGUAACCCCCUACAUGGUAUUUGCAAUCUCCUACACGGCUUUCAGCCCAGCACUAGUUCACAUUUUGGCUAGAUUUGUUCUCAAGGUGAAAAGUGAGUUUGGACUGAUAGAACUGAUAAGUCUGUACGGCUACUCGAUGGCGAUUUGGAUCCCGCUUGCACUGGUCAACCUGAUUUUACUGCCAUUGGAAUUCUUGAUUCCACAUUUGUUCACGGUUGUGAUUUACUGGACCCGCAUUAUGGUCGGUUUGGCGCACACAGCGAUUUUCUUCUACCAACAGUUCAAAACCGAGGACCAAGAAUCCGACUGGAAAAAGCUAUUCAUAACCACUCUGGCAGUAAGCACGCUAUGCGGGGCGCUUCUAGAACUGACGUCAAGUGCUUUGAAGUAG